AUGUACCUCGAAGGAUGCGACAGUGGAUCGGUCUGUGGUGCGCAUGUCGUUCAAUCUAGCGUUUGGGGUUACGUUCCUACCCCUUGGACGAGGUAAACUCGCGUUUUGUGCGUCGAACGCACAGAAACGGCCAUCCCCUGUGAAUAAUCCUUCUUGCAAGCCUCGCGAGGGGCUACGAAAUUAGGGCGACACCAUCCUUCGGUCCCGAGUUCUUUAUCCUUCAUGUGAUACCACUUCGUUUGACAAUCGGAUCUUUCGUUUUCAUCUACGCGAGAGACAGUGAAAGUUAUUGAUUCUUAUUGUGGGCUACGUUUCAGUGACAUUCCGUGCUCCCUUUUCGCGAGGUCAGUAACGACGCAUCGCGUCGCUCGCUUUCCAUUCGAAAGCGAUGCAUCCUCAAUCUGCAGCUCGACUGCAUUCUCGAUCAUAAGUCUGACACUUCGUUCUUUCCGUUUCUUCUCUCCUUCUCCCUAAUCUUUGUUAUCAUCAGGCGUUACCACGAACUAUAUGGCAGUAGUUGCCUCGGUUGCAAUCUUCGAGGACUGUGUCAUUUUCAUUUAGAAGAUUUUACUGAUUGCUUCGGUAAAAUUUUAUAUUUCGUAUCAUAGUUUCGUGUUUGAUGCUUUACCUGAUAAUUGGAGGAAUUAUUUUAUUACACGUAUGAUACAUAGGUUUCAAAUAAUGUUUCUCUUUUCUUCAUUGAGCUGAUAAAAAAAUUGAAAGAUUCGAAACAAUAAGGAGGUAGCACCGUUCAUUAUAAUUAUACUUAUUGAAAGGAGAAAAAAAUAUAGGUUUCACAUCUAAAAGUACAAAAGAUUAUUAUUACAAAGAUUAAUUGAUUAUGAAUGUGUAACAACUUUUUUUUUUUGAUUUACUUAAAUUACUAAAGAUUCCUUGUUACAGCCUUUUCAAUUGUUGGAUGUAAAUUUUGAUCAGUGUUACUUCUUUUCAGGAAUAAUAAUUGUAGAAUAUCUUGAUUAAAGAAAAAAAAAAAAAACCGACAAAAUGAAGGUGGGACUGUUAAAGAAUUUCUUGCAUUAUUUCAAUCUGAAACAGGGUACAGUAUUAAUAGCAGUGUUCCAAUUGUUUACAUCCGGGUUUAGUAUGAUAUUUUUCGUGCUGGCACUGGCACACGCCAUGGGAAUUCAAGAAAUGGUGGUAAGGGAUACAGAAGAUGCUCUUGAGAGAGAAGCCUUAGAAGAUAUAUCAUCUAAUCAUCUAAAUACUAGGAAAAUGGAUAUGGCGCACCAUAACGCAACUGAACAAUCGUCACUUCAUGGCGCCCUGGAUGAUGGUCAUGAUGACGAUAAUAUCGGCGCUGACAAUUUCUUUGUUCUUGGUAGAACAAGACUGCCCGUUUAUUGCUACCCUUGGAGGCAAGGCUGAUCUCUGUGAACGUAUGAUCGUUCUCUUUCUCGUGAUCACUAGUUCUUACGUAUGGUUCGUCGUGUAUAGCACCUACAAGAGUCUCGAAACGAAAAAGGGACUGACUCAUGUUCUUCAUGGUGUGAAGAAAAAGCCCGUAGUCCCGGUUGUACAAAAAUCAAAGGCCAUUCAGGCAGACGCAAAUAAACCCUACGAGGUUUAAAAAUCAUUAUAUGAAGUUAUAGAAAUAG